AUGGGCAGCCAGAUUCCAGACUCUGACUCGAGUUCGGCGGGGGCCUUGUGGCAGGAUGACGACAAGGAGUCCUAUGUCGCCUCGACAAAGGUUGAUGAGAAGGAGCUCAGCAUCAACUUGGAACCCUCGCUGCUGCGAGGUGUUCCGCUCCACGUGGCUCUUUCUGGCUGUGGCAAACACUGGAAGACACCUGACAGCGGAAUGUUCCACGUGGACCCAAAGAAUUAUAGUCUUAGCCAGCCAACGCCCGGUCUCGACGACUUUCUUAGCCACGAUUGGGCCUCGAGGCGGUCGCUAAAGUUCCUGUCCCUCCUUAUUCUUUACAACUCUCGCGCGGCCUUUUGGGCCACACUGGCUGCCAGUGUUCUCGUUGGCAUCCUGAGGGCGGGCGGGGGCUUACCAGACGAGACAUGGACGUCUUUGACCGGCCAUCUCGUCUUUGGUGUUGUCCUUAUGCUUUGGCAGCAGCUCCAAUCUCCCUUCCGCCGAUCCCGUAUGGUUUUCCUGGACAAGCUGUGCAUCGCGCAGCAUGAUGCGGAGCUCAAAGAAAAGGGGAUCCUAGGCCUUGCCGGCUUCGUGCUGCGCUCGCAGAGGCUCUUGGUACUCUGGACGCCGCGGUACUUCAGUCGUCUCUGGUGUACUUUGGAGCUGGCCACCUUCUUAAAGGAUCCAGAGAACCGCCGCCGCAUCCACUUCAUGCCGCUGAAGGCCACCGGAGUGCUGGUUAUGGGAGCAAUCUUCUGGAAUAUCCUGGCCAUCUGCUACGGCUUUGUCAAGAUCUCGUUGGAGGAGGGGAGCGCCACCCAAGACCUUAACGUCUACCUUCCUGUGACGGGCAUUCUGCUCACGGUCUCCGGCGCCAUGCUGCCUUUGGUUUUCUACCUGGGUUUGGACCUGGUCCAUGACUUGAAUGCGCUGCCGAAACAGCUCGCCAGCUUUCGGGUGCAGGACGCCCAGUGCUUCUGCUGUAGCAAUGACCACGUCCACCCCGACACUGGCGCCGCACUUCCCUGCGACCGCCGGCUGGUCUUCAGCUCCUUGCUGAAAUGGUACAGCCGAGGAGGCAACGACGAUUCCAAGGAUUAUUUGGACGCCUUCAACAUCGAGGUGCAGAAGCAACUGGCCCCACGCGUGGUACAAAACCUCGGGGGCAGCGGGCUGCCUUUAAGUUACACGAUCUACAUGGUCGGUACUUGUGGUUUGCCCUACAUCUCCAAUGUAAUUCCGUCCUGGUUGAUCAAGUUCCGCUCUGGGCUGGGAGGCUACGAGCUCUUUGUUUGGACCCUGCGGCAGCUGAUGGAUUGCGCCAUCGUCUCCAUAUCCGCCGUCUUUGCCGUGAGGGCGUCGCUGGAGCUUUGGAAAGUCGGCGUGCGGAUGCAGAAGUACAAGUGCUUCCGCUCCCGGACGCUGCUGGUGGCCGUUUUGGUCCCUUGCGAGCUGUUCUUGGUGAGCCUGGUUUGGGCAUUGUUUGCCUUCAGCAUGCGGGUGACCAGUAAGACGAGCCUGCUCCCAGUGUUGCCUUUCGUGUUCAGCCUGGCAUCCACCCUUUACCUUUUCAUUCCGAGUUGUGGAGGCUCCAAGGUCAUACAGCUCCCUGAACAGGGGCCACGGCAUGAGUCCACACACAGUGAGGAAUCCGUUUUUGCGAUUUGA